UCUGUUGUUUAUGUAUGUGCUUACGUCACAUGAACGAAUUGAAUUGUUAUUUUUGAUGUUUGAAAAAAUGUUAUAGUAAUUUUCAUUCAUCUGUGGUAAUUUUUUACUUUUAAUAGAUUUCCAGUCUUAUUAAAUUUAGUUAAUUACCAAAUUUUAAAAUAAUUCUAUGGAAAAUCUAAGGUUAUUAACGAAGAAUUGACCUCGUCCUCUUAGUUUGAAGGACUGUCGUGUAAUUUGUUUAGGUAUGUCGGUUUGGUCAGCCAGUACUGUCGGUAAUAAUCACCACUACGGGCAUCCGACCAGUCGUUACAGUUACUCCAAUAACUGGUGUCCAAAUCUGGUUAAGCACAAGUGCGUCAUGGGGGAGACUCCGAUUCAGUCCGGUGAUGCGUUACACACACCAGCGUAUCUCUCCUGGAGGAAACUGCAGCUCAGCCGGGCCAAACUGAAAGCAUCUAGUAAGACUUCUGCCUUACUCUCUGGCUUCGCUAUGGUAGCAAUGGUCGAAGUACAGUUGAAUCCGCCGAAUCAAACCAAAGUCCCCCCGGGUAUGCUGGUAGCUUUCACAGUUUGUACAACGCUCUUAGUCGCAGUACAUAUGCUAGCGCUCAUGAUCAGCACCUGCAUACUACCCAACAUAGAGGCCGUCGGAAACCUCCAUAGCAUAUCACUAGUCCACGAAUCACCACACGAGAGGCUACAUUGGUACAUCGAAAUCGCAUGGGCCUUUUCGACUUUGCUAGGCCUUAUUUUGUUCCUAGUUGAAAUAGCGAUACUUUGCUGGGUCAAGUUUUACGAUCUCAGCGAAACAGCCGCUUGGUCAGCUUGUGUUGUUCUAAUACCUGUUAUGAUAGUAUUUUUAGCAUUCGCGAUACAUUUCUAUAUGUCGCUCGCUACGCAUAAGUAUGAAGUGACGGUAACAGGUAUCAAAGAAUUGGAACUGUUGAAAGAACAAAUCGAAUUAGGCGAUCACGACUCGAGAAUGAAUAAUUUAACACUUUUAGAUCAGAAUAGGGUUGUGUGAAAGUUUCUCUUGUUUAAUACGGAUUGUUUUGCACAUUUAUAUUAUUAUAAGGAAUUUUACACAUUAGACGGAGUAAGUGUAUAUUGUAAGAAAAUAUACUGGUUUUGAUAG